ACCGAAAGAUUGUGGACUCGAUUCCUUGGGCAGAUGCAGGCUACCGGUCUGUGGACGAACUCAAGAGCGGGUUCAUGCAAGGUACCCGGAAAGAGCUGUUUGCGGAGCUAGAGCAGUGGUCAGCUGGCCGAUUCCCCAAGGACAAGCCCAAACGAGCUUACUACCUCAGCGGCGGAGCGGGCCUGGGGAAGUCGUCGAUUGUCCACCAACUCUGCGUUCGUCUCGAUGCAGCCGACCAGCCCCUGCUCAGGCUCGGCGCAUCGUUCUUCUUCGUCCGUGGGCGCGGAGAUCUGGAAUCCGCUCGCCUAUUCUUCCCAACCCUUACACGCCAGCUUGCGCGGACCCGACUAGCCCUUCGUUCCCAUAUCGUCAGCGCCGCACGGGAGUAUCUCGAGCAUGGCGAGCAGCAGCAGAUGCAACACGCGCUCCAGGGGCUCCUUCGGAAAGCUCUCAUCGCCGCUCCCGCGGACCAGGCGCCGACAUUGCUCGUCGUCGACGGGAUAGACGAAUGCAAGGACAGGGAGCUCGUUCCUGACUUGCUUCGAUCGUUGCUCAGUCUUGUCCGCGAGUUUCCCUGGCUGUACAUCUUUGUCGCAUCGCGCCCGGAACCCCAUAUACUGUCGGUGCUCGCAUCUCCCGACUUUGCCGACAUCGUCCAUCAUAUGCAACUGGAAGACACGCUAGAGGACUGGGGUGGCGACGUAGACUAUUACCUCAGAGAGACGGUGCCGAAGAUACCCCUCUACGGCGAUUUCCUUGACAAACACCCUGACUCUCUUGAACGUCUCAUCAAGCGUGCGGCCGGUGUAUUCAUCUUCGCCCGUAUCGCAGUGAAUUUCUUGGAUAUGCACCGGAAUCAUCCGGAGGAGUGGUUCGAGCUCGUUCUUUCGGGCGGAAGUCCGGCGACGUCUCCUCUCGACGCGCUGUAUCUGCAGAUCCUACGGUCCGCAUUCCCCCCAGAAGACUUGUGUGCUUCACCCCAUCAACGCGAACGUCUCCACUCUUUCCUGCGUUUCAUUGCACUGGAAUCUGGCGCAACUCCGGAGACUGUUGCAUUUUAUGAACGCGAACUGUCUGUGGGCGACGUCUUUUACAUCGUGGACCGCCUGCGUUCCGUGUUGAUGAUCAACAAGGACGGGAAUGUGGUGCCCCUCCACGCCUCGUUCGGCGAGUUCCUGGUUGAUGAGCAUCGGUGCAGUGAUGCGCUCUACCAUGUGGACAAAUCUGAAGGACAUGCUCACCUUGCAUGUGCUUGUCUAGCAGCCUUGUCCUUUGAAAAUCGCACAUAUUACCUACAGAACGCGGAGGACCGGCAGCCUCAGCAUGCACGGAUCAACUUUCAUACGAUGGGAGAUUGGAACAUACAUGUUGGGCAGGCCAAAUAUACCGCGGAAUUGGAGGAGCAGCUAUCCGAGUUCGUGCGAGAUAUCCGACUGGCCUGCCAUAUAUGGACGAUCGCUGAAUUUGCUCGUGAAUUGAGCUUCUUUUCUUUACCACAUCUAUGGAACUGUCUCCAGCCUUCCGGAGCCAGGAGAGCGAUAUGCUCUGAGUUCGUCAAGUUUGGUAUUUAUAUCAGACUAUGGCAGCUCGGCGUCUUCACAUCUUCAAGUCGUGCUCCGCCACUAAUCACCUCGGACGACAUAUCUCAGGCAAUCCGGGGGCUUACUGUCAGUACUGAUGAGCACCAAGAGUUGCUUCCUAGCUUGGACCUUACUGUCGACGCCAGUUGCUUGGCGCGAUAUCAGGCCAUCAUGGCGGAUUUCAUGACGCAGAUGAAUCAAGAUGAAGCGACCGGGCAGAUGUGGCGCAUCACGUACAGUAUCGACUUGAACGAGGAGCGAGCUCUUUUGGCAGGUUGGAACUCCGAUCGCUCUCAGCCCGGCACGCCUAUCCAUAGCCCAACCCAUAGCCCAACCGUCGCCACAUCGUCAUCGUCAUCCACCACCUCUGUGCUAUCGGAGACGCUUUCAACUUGGCCUCCAGGGGGUAGUGGUGUCACCACUGAUAAUGACGAUGUAGCACCCGAUACGGCCGAUAGUGGCCCGCUGCCAGUUAACUCCCCUGUUAAUGAACUUGUCGGUUACUCCGCCUCUCCGCAUAUGGCGGCCGCCGGCACCCAUACCAGAGGGCCCUCGCAUUCCCUCUACUAACUCCAAGCUCUGCCGACGAAUAGCCUACCGCACCUAGCGUAAGGGUCUUUGGAAAAGGAAAAAAGAGAGCUGGGACCUGCUAACCAUAUACGCUUCCUAUCGUUCAUAUUCUUCCGUCUCCUCGCUGCGAUUGCCGCACUCCCUGUCAUGGUUGUAUAGAAAUAUGUAUUUGAUUACUCCAGAAACCCGCGGAUUACAAUUUGGUACAAUAUACAUAUUGUAUAAAUGACACGCGAAGCAAGUAGGACUGCGCCGUGCAGGAAGAAUCAGUACAAAGACGAGUUCGACAGAGGAGGCUGCAACGCCGAGAACCCGCUCGGAGUUGUCGCUGGGUGUGGUCCUCAGUCGCUCAGCCCCUGCUUUCGCACGUUCUUCAACUUCGCCAGCGGCCGCUCGACCUCGCCCAUCGGUGUCAGUGCGGAGUCGUAUCCCUCAUGUCCAAUGCCAACAGCAGCAGGCGUACUGGAUAGACAACUAUCAAUAAUGGUGCGAUCGACUGUCGCGUUGAAGGCCUUCUCCGUCUCGUCCGCGUCGCUGUGCGCUCAAAAUCCCUCCCGGCUGGGUGUCCUCUGAGCGUCGUUGAAUAUCGAGCACUGACGCUCUCAGAAAGCGAGGACGGGCUUGUGAUGGCUGCUCGUGACGCGUUUGCAGAUGGUGGACAUGGAAACCAGCCGCUUGAAGACCUUGUAGUAUUAAGGGUAAAGCUGUAG